UAUGAAAUGCCUAGCUGUGGCCAUUUUACACUUGGUUCCCUGAAAAUAAUUAUUCUUUGGGAAAAAUACAACCCGGUGUAAACCUCGGCUUCAACGUGUCAUUGAAAGAGCCGUGAGUAGAAACCUUUUGUAGUGGCUCUAAUGCUGUAACAAGAGGACUGAGACCAGAAACAGAGUCCGUAUAUCAGCAUGGACUAUGAGCGGAGGGGUGGGCGAGGAGAUCGCACAGGACGCUAUGCCAACGCCCACAACGAUCACAACUUUCGGGACAUGGACUAUCGAGGUUAUGGGCAAGAUGAAGAGGAGGCAGGAGCAGGAUAUGAUGGCAGAGCAGAAUCGCCAGGGCUUCAUGACUUCUCCCCAGGUCGCCUUCAGGACCAGGGGGGAUUUUAUCAGAGAGGAGAGGGACGAGGAAAUAUCAGGCGUGAUGGGAAGGGGAUCCUGUGGCCCCCCUGUCCUCAGUCUCUUUCUGAUCAAGCCCCCUCUUUGCUCCAGAAAGAGGAAGAGGGGUCCAGGCGAGAGUUUGAGCAGUUGCAUACUGGCCUACAGGAAAGAGGUCGGGGUAAAAGUGGAAGAGGCUUCCCAGAGAACAGUGCUCCUCAUUCGGGGUGCAGAGAUGGCAACUGGGGACGUGGGGGCACCCAUUCAGAACCGAAUGAAUACAAUACAGCAAGACAAAGAGAGGAAGACAGGUUCUCUCGUGGGGCAGUGAAGAGGAGGGCUUUUCUUGCCGGGGCAGAGGAGCACAGCUGUGGAAGUGGUGGACAAGAUGCAUCUCUUGAUGAGAUGGACCAGAGGGACCAGGACUACCGUGCAGAUCUGGACCACAACCAGAGGCCAAGCAACAUCAUAAUGCUUCGCAUGCUGCCUCCUAAUGCCUCCGCCAAUGAGAUCCGUGCCCAACUUCAGGAACAGGGGAUCCAGCCGAGAGAAGUUCGCUUAAUGAGGAAUAAAUCUUCAGGUCAGAGCCGAGGAUUCGCCUUCGUCGAGUUUAAUGUCAUACAGGAGGCCACCCGCUGGAUGGAGACCAACCAGGGUGUGCUGCUGAUUCUGGGACAAAGAGUGUCGAUGCACUACAGCGACCCAAAACCGCGUGCCAAUGAGGACUGGCUCUGCAACAAGUGUGGGGUGCAAAAUUUUAAAAGGAGAGAGAAGUGCUUCAAAUGCAGUGUGCCUAAAUCAGAGGCUGAGCUGAAGUUGCCCCAGCUGCAGAGGGAUCUGCAGAUUGGUCUUCAAAAGGAGGGAACCCAGGGCUUGUUGCCAUUGCCUGCACCCUACCACUCCUCUGGACCCGCUGUCAACCAAGGACAAGCAACACAGCAGGCAGAUGUUGCAAAUGACACUUUGAUACUGAGAAACCUGGGCCCACAUACUUCAUUGGAUGCCAUCUUAUCUGCUCUGGCCCCAUUUGCUACCCUCUCCCCUUCCAAUGUCCGCCUCAUCAAGGACAAGCACACACAUCUUAACAGGGGCUUUGCCUUUCUGCAGCUCUCUACCAUAGUGGAGGCAUCUCAGCUGCUCCAGAUCUUACAGUCUCUUCAGCCAGCUCUCUCUAUUGACGGGAAGACUAUUGUGGUUGAGUUUGCCAAAGGCUCAAAACGUGACGUGUUCCUGACAGAUGGAAGCAGAGUCAGUGCUGCCACAGUGGCCAGCACAGCGAUAGCUGCUGCACAGUGGGCAGUCACACAGACGACUCAGAAUGGAUCAGGUGGAGGCCAGAGUACAGAUACAGCAGUGUAUCAGCAGGGGGCAGCAGUAACAUACAGUCAGGAGGGAAAUGAGUACGCUGGACAGGACAGCACAAGCUUCAAAGCACAGGCAGAUGUCAGGGUUGCUGCUUUGCCCAGUUCAGGAGCAGCUCUGAUGGGGGCAUACACUGUAGGAGGAGCCACAGCUGAUGCUGUAACAUCAGGGUCAGUACAGCAGCCGCUCAUGAAGACGCAGACUGCUCUCAUUACCACAGCGACCACCACGCCAGUCACACAGGUUGAAAUAGUUGGGAAACCACAACCAGCUGCUCCCAGCCAGCCUGCCACCCCAGGCACUGAACAUGAGCUCCAGAAAUAUCCAGUACCAGAUGUGUCGACAUACCAGUACGACGAAAGCUCCGGGUACUAUUAUGACCCCCUCACAGGUCUCUACUAUGACCCUACCUCCCAGUACUAUUACAACCCUCACACUCAGCAGUACAUGUACUGGGAUGGAGAGAAACACACGUAUAUUCCAGCUGCUACUGCUGGACAAUAUAGCAGUGAAAAUGCUGCCACCAGCUCAGGUGCAGCUCCUUCAGACUCACUGUUUGCUUCACCUGGCAGCAAAGAGAAAAAAGAUAAACCCAGGAAUAAAACUGCUCAACAGAUUGCCAAAGACAUGGAGCGCUGGGCUAAGAGUCUCAACAGACAGAAGGAGAAUAUGCGCUCCGUCUCCUCCUCCUCCUCCCCUGCUAUUGGCUCCACAGCACUCCCUCCUGGCUAUACUCGGUUAUCCGGACAUGGUCGCCUGGAUGACCGCAGAGAAUCUGCUAGUGCUGAUGCAGGUUAUGCUGUUCUGGAGAAAAAGGGGGCACUGUCUGAACGGCCUCAGAUAUUCCUGGACCAGAUUCGACAAAGUACAGAACGAUCACCACCUCAGCAGCAGGGCCUGGUCCCUGCCUACAGUGGAGAAACUGACAGUGAAGAUGAAGGUGGCGAUAAAGAUGAGAAGGAAGGGAAGAUGACAGACUGGGUUAAACUAGCCUGUCUGCUGUGUAGAAGGCAGUUCCCCAGCAAGGAGGCCCUGAUCAGACACCAGCAGCUUUCUGAGCUACAUAAGCAAAACUUGGAGCAGAGGAGAGUCCAGCAGGAAGUUACAGGCAAUGAGAGAUUUGAAGGACUUGAACCACCUGAUCCAAAAAGGAGGAAGAUUAACCCAAUUGAUGGGAUCAGUGGCACUAGUCUCGGUGCCAGGAUGCUACAGGGAGGUGUGAAAAGAGGCCUUCUAUUGCGCAAUAUGCAAGUGGAGUAAGCUUCAUCCUCAAUCUUCUAACCCAGGAAACAAUGAGCCUAGCACGCAAAUCAUCACCAUUAACAUCAUAUAGAUAAAAAGAUAUAGCUCCUUAUUUGGUUUGAUGUCACAGUUACCUCAGCAGUGGUAAUACACUCAUAUGAACUGGUCCUGUAGCUGUGGAUUACAGGAUAUUGCACAGAAUGCACUUUUUGAGAGUGACGAUGAGGUUGAAAAGGCAUAUGGCAUGCCACUGAAGGGGCAGCAACAUGUACACCAUUACUUAUGAUACUAAUAAGCCUGGAGCAAAGCUUAUCCAAGCUAACAAGGUUAGCCCAGUCACCAUAACCCACAGAAUACUCAGUAAUAGAAAUGAUUUCUAUAUUAGGUCAGUACAUGCAGCCUUGCAUCUAUGCCUAUCAUAUGCCGGACAAUACUGUGUUAAUAGCAACAGAUUAGCCAUAUCAAGUGUUUGAUCAUGGCAGAGAUUCCUCUUGUUCAAAGUGGGAUCACACUCUUUUUUUGCCAUGCUAUGUGAUAAUGUAAUUAGGAUAAGCUUUGCUACAAGCUUGCUAGUAUCAUUAGCUAUUAGCAUAUGUUUAUGAAAUUACUCAACUGACUUGUUAAAAUGCCAAGCAUACUUUUAGGACAUGUGAAAACCAGACAAGAGAAUUGUAUACAUUUCUUUAUGUAACACCACAUUGAACUAAAGUAGUCAAAGACAAAAAAAUGAUAAAUUUGCAGCAUUAAAAUGUAUGUUUAAAGCAAAACCACUCGUGAUCAACACUUGGAUCAUAAUGGUGGUAUGCUGUGCCUGCCCCAUAAGUGUUACACCCAGCGCUGCCCCCCUUAUGGCAUGCCAUGGGCCAACACACAUGCAGCUAAAGCAUGCAUAUAUGCUGCUGACACUGCACAUGCCACUAGAAUAAUGGCAUCACAGAAUUUGCGGCACCUGCCUCCUCAGUGGCAUGCUAGAUGCUACUUUUUUUAUCUCGUUGCUGCUGCUUUCUUUGCUUUUUUAAUGAAUGAUGCAGUCUUGAGUUCUCACUUGCUUUUAUGCUUGUAUGUGAUAAGCAAUGUGGUUGGGAAACUUUUGCUUUAGGAAAAAUGAAGAUCAGUGUUGAUCUUUACUGCAGCAAAUGGGGUUUUCUUAUAAUACCGUCUAUGCACCAUAGGUUUUUUUAAGCUGUAUGCCCUGUCAUUCAGUGAAUGACUGUGCUGGACAUGAACUGUGUAACAUUGUAGAAAAGACUGGCCUCAUGAACUGUACAGGGUCACACUAACACUAGUGUGUAGAUAACAUGUCUUAUAUUGCAAGUAUAAAUUCACAUUGUAAUACAUUGUUAUCCUUUGAGAAAGUAAUUUUUUAUUUCUAAAACUGUUUGAUAAUGUGACUGUGUUUCAUUAAGCUCAUGUGAAUUCAUUGAAAAUAACACAUUUUCAUCAUUA